AUGAAAAGUGUAUUAUGUACAAGAAAUGAUAAAUUUUCAUUUUGUAAAAAGAAUAAAUUUAAAAGAUCAGAUAUUUUAAAUGACGAAAUAAGUGAAAAUGAUAUAGAUUCACCUUUUGAAGAAAUUGUUACAAGAGCUCCAGAAGUUGUUGAUGCUCGUUUAAGACCAAGAGUACCACCUUCUCCUGUUUAUAAUAUCUAUCCAAUAUUUUAUCCUAAAGGUCCUGACUAUUGCCCAAAUAUGAUGGCAAUUUUCCGUUUUACAUGUCAACCAUCAAAACCAUUACGUUUAGAUUUAGUAGAAUUUUGUAAAGAAUAUUCUUUAUUUUGUAAAGUACCUAAUUAUCAUCGAAUGCCUGGUCCUGGACUAGGACCACCAAUUGGAGAUAAAGGAAUGGGGCAUGUUGGUGUUUCCGGCAAUUUUGGUUUUGGUAUUGGUGUUGUCCCUGGUCUUGAAGUUAAUGCUGGAUGGGGAGUUGAUGUGGGUCCUAUUCCUGGUAUGGGAGAUAGUGUUGAAGUUAAUCUUAAUUCAAAUGUUGGUCUUAUGGGUGCCAGAACACCCCUUGCUUAUAGAAGAGGUUUUGAUAAUCCUAAUGCUCCAAGAGGACCUAUGGUUGGACUUAGUGGUGGUGUUGGAGUUGAUCCAGGUGCUAUAGAACCAAUUGGUGUAUCAUCUGGUCUUGGUGUAGGGUAA